GCUUAUAAGGGGCAGGAGCCUCUCAGGGCUGCCAGAAUGGCCGCUCAAUGCGCGGCGCCAGCCUGUAUCAUGUCCCAGCUGCGUUUCUGGGGCCCAUGGCCCCUCCUCACGUGGCAAUUAUUGUGUCUACUAGUCAAGGAGGCUCAGCCUCUGGAGUGGGUCAAGGACCCGCUCCAGCUGACCUCUAACCCCCUGGGGCCGCCUGAGCCCCAGUCUUCCCGCUCCUCCCAUCUCCCAUGGGAAUCCCAUGCGCCCACUCCCCCGGCAGACCCCGGGGACUUUGAUUCUGGGCCCUCUGCUUCCUCGCAGAUGUCAGCCCCACCCCGGGAAUCGACUGAAAAUUUGGUUCCAUUCCUGGACACAGAUUCAGCUGAAGAGCUGCCCCUGGGGCCAGAGCAGUUCUCCGCUGCACACCAGGAUUUAAAUGACAAGCUGACUCCGGAAGAAAGGCUCCCAGAGGUGGUCCCACUGCUGGACGGGGAUCAGAACCAGACCCUAGUUCAGCUUCCUCACCUCAAAAGUAAGGUUCCAACUGCAGAUCUAGAUCGGGCUGCAGGCCAUCAGGCAGAUGAAAUACUUGUUCCGCUAGACAGUAAGAUUUCAAAACCAACCACAUUUAUUGUUUCGCCCAAGAACCUGAAGAAAGAUCUAGCUGAGCGUUGGAGCCUUGCUGAGAUUGUUGGAAUUCCACACCGAUUAUCCAAACCUCAGCGUGAGAAACAGACUUUGCAGGAUGAAUCGAGUAUGGACACACUGUAUCCCGGCAGCCUGCCUCCAGAACUCCGGGUGAACUCAGAUGAGCCUCCAGGGCCCCCUGAGCGAGUUGGACUUUCUCAAUUCCAUCUAGAGCCGGAAACUCAAAAUCCAGAGACGCUUGAAGACAUCCAGUCCUCUUCAUUCCGGCAAGAAGCCCCAGGGCAGCUUCCACAGCUCCCUGAGGAGGAAGAACCUUCUUCCACCCAGCAGGAGGCCCCAGCUCUGCCUCCAGCAUCCUCUAUGGAGAGUCUAACUCUACCGAAUCGUGAGGUGACAGUUCAGCCUCUAGGUGAGGAUCAAGCUCAUUAUAACUUGCCCAACAUUACAGUUAAACCUGCAGAUGUGGAGGUUACCAUAACUUCAGAGGCUGAAAACGAGACAGAAUCUUCCCAAGCCCAGCAGGAGGCCCCAGUUCAGUUUCCAGAGGAGGCGGAACCUCCUGCAACCCAACAGGAGCCCCCAACUGAGCCUCCAGGUCCUCCUAUAGAGGCUGAACUUUCCCCCAGUGAGCAGGAGCAGCCAGCUCAGCCUUCUGAGUCUUCUGGGGAGGUUGAAUCUUCUCCAGCCCAGCAGGAGGCCCCAGCUCAGCCUCCAGAACAUCAUGAAGUCACAGUUUCACCUCCUGGUCACCAUCAGACUCAGCAUUCAGAUUUGUCCAGUGUCUCUGUUAAGCCUCCAGAUGUGCAGCUCACCAUAGCAACAGAGCCUAGUGCAGAGGUGGGAACUUCUCCAAUCCCCCAGGAGGCUACAGCUCAGCUCUCAGGAGGUAAUGAUGUAGAACCUCUCGCCAUCCAGCACGGGGGCCCACCUCUGCCUCCAGAGUCACUGGAAGAGGCUGGACCUUUAGCAAUUCAACAGGAGACUUCAGUUCAAUCUCCGGAACCUGUUAAUAAUGAGAACCCCUCUCCAACCCAGCAGGAGGCUGCAGCUGAGCAUCCACAGACCGCUGAGGAGGGUGAGUCUUCUCUAACCCAGCAGGAGGCCCCAGCUCAGACUCCAGAGCUCCCUAAUGUAGUUGUAGCUCAACCUCCAGAGCAUUCAAACCUGACUCAAGCCACAGUUCAACCUUUGGACCUGGGGCUUACCAUCACUCCAGAACCCACUACAGAGGUUGGACAUUCUACACCUCUGAAGAUGACUUUCGUUCCUCCAAAGCAACUUAAGGUGACACUUCCACAUCCAGACCAGGUUCAGACUCAGUAUUCACACCUGACUCAAGCCACAGUUCAACCUUUGGACCUGGAGUUUACCAGCACUCCAGAAUCCACGACAGAGGUUGAACUUUCUCCAACCAUGCAGGAGACCCCAACUCAGCCUCCUAAGAAAGUUGUACCCCAACUUCGAGUAUAUCAAGAGGUAGCAAUUCCAACAGUAGGUCUGGAUGAAGCUCAGCAUCCAAUGUCACCCAGCGUCACAGUUCAACCUUUGGACCUGAGACUUACCAUCACUCCAGAACCCACUACGGAGGUUGUACCUUCUACAGCCCUGAAGAAGACUCUAGUUCCUCCAGAGCAUCCUAAGGUGACACUUCCACAUCCAGACCAGGUUCAGACUCAGUAUUCACACCUGACUCAAGCCACACAUUCACACCUGACUCAAGCCACAGUUCAACCUUUGGACCUAGGGUUUACCAGCACUCCAGAAUCCACGACAGAGGUUGAACCCUCAACAACCCUGACGACUACAGCUCCUCCUCCAGAACACCCUGAGGUGACACUUUCACCUUCAGACAAGGGUCAGGCUCAGCAUUCACACCUGACUCAAGUCACAGUUCAACCUCUGGCCCUGGAGCUUACCAUAACUACAGAACCUACUACAGAGGUUAAACCAUCUCCAACCACAGAGGAGACUUCAACUCAGCCUCCAGACCCGGGGCUUGCUGUAACUCCAGAGCCCACUACAGAGACUGGACAUUCUACAGCCCUGGAGACGACUACAGCUCCUCGUCCAGACCAGGUUCAGACUCUGCAUCGAAAACUGACUGAAGUCACAGUUCCACGUACUGAACUAGAACCUACUCAAAAUUCAUUGGUGCAGUCUGUAAGUUAUGCCCAAAAUAAGACUUUAACUGCACCAGAGGGACAGAAGGCCUCCACAAGCACCAACAUAUGUGAGCUCUGUACCUGCGGAGAUGAGACACUGUCAUGUAUUGAUCUCAGCCCAAAGCAGAGGCUCCGCCAAGUACCUGUGCCAGAGCCCAACGCCUACAAUGGCACCUUCACCAUCUGUAAUUUCCAAGGAAACUAUAUUUCGUACAUUGAUGGAAAUGUAUGGAAAGCAUACAUUUGGACCGAGAAACUAAUUCUCAAUGAAAAUUAUUUGACUGAAUUACAUAAGGAUUCAUUUGAAGGCCUGCUAUCCCUCCAGUAUUUAGAUUUAUCCUGCAAUAAAAUACAGUCUAUUGAAAGACGUACAUUUGAACCACUACCAUUUUUGCAGUUUAUAAAUCUUGGUUGCAAUUUACUCACAGAACUGAGCUUUGGAACAUUUCAGGCCUGGCAUGGAAUGCAGUUUUUAUACAAGUUAAUUCUCAAUCGCAAUCCUCUGACAACUGUUGAAGAUCCGUAUCUCUUUAAAUUGCCAGCAUUAAAAUAUCUAGACAUGGGAAAAACGCAAGUUCCACUUACAACACUUAAGAACAUUCUCACGAUGACUGUUGAACUGGAAAAACUGAUCUUACCUAGCCAUAUGGCCUGCUGCCUCUGCCAAUUUAAAAACAGCAUUGAGGCUGUCUGCAAGACAGUCAAGCUGCAUUGCAACAGUGCAUGUCUGACAAACACCAUACAUUGUCCUGAAGAAGCAUCUGUAGGGAAUCCAGAAGGAGCGUUCAUGAAGGUGUUACAGGCCCGGAAGAAGCACACGAGCACUGAGCUGACUAUUGAGCCGGAGGUGCCCUCAGACAGCAGUGACAUCAACUUGUCAGGCUUUGGGAGUGAGCAGCUAGACACCAAUGACGAGAGUGAAGUUAUCAGUGCACUAAGUUACAUCUUGCCUUAUUUCUCAGUGGUAAAUCUAGAUGUGAAAUCAAUGUUGUUACCGUUCAUUAAACAGCUUUCUUCAAAUGUGCAAGAUGGAGAUAGGCCCCUGGGUAUUUUGAAAAACAAUAUAAAGGGCCCCUCUCUUCAACCUGCAUCGGACAACUCAACUUACGAAAUUUAUGAAAAUAAAUUGAGAAAGCUGUACUUGCUGGAAAAUAUGUUAGAUGCAGAAAUACAGGAAAAAAUCGAUGAAGUUAAAAGGGAAGAAAAAACUGCCAUGCUUAUGCAGACCAGCCUUCUAGGUAACAAAUUUAAACGCCAAAUAUUUGAAAAGAAAUUAGAAACUGUCCAACCACAGGAAAACAGCCUGGCAAAGAUUCAAAGUGUAGGCAACAACCUGCAGAGAGUGAACAGAGUCCUCACGGGCCCAAGGAGCAUCCAGAAAAGGCACUUCAAAGAGGUGGGAAAGCAGAGCACCAGGAGGGAAGAGGGUGCGCAGGCAUUUGUGGAGAGCGCUGCCCAAGAAAAAAGGCUCGGGAGCCCGGUCUCAAGGGAGCUGGAACAGCCUCACACAGAGCAGGGGCGUGAGAAGUUAGUGGGAAACACCGUCUACACCAAGCCUUCGUUCACCCAAGAGCUUAACGCAGCAGUGUCUUCUGUGCUGAAACCCUUCUCCAUGGGCGAGCCUUCUGCCUCCACCCCUGCAAAAGCCCUACCUGAGGUCAGAGACAGAUCGAAAGACUUAACCCACGCCAUUUUCAUUUUAGAAAACGCAAAGGCUAGAGUUAAAAGUAUGAAGGCUGCCAAACCAAUCGUACAUUCCCGAAAAAAAUACCGCUAUCAUAAAACUCGCUCCCGCGUGGCCCACAGAACACUCAAGGCCAAAAAGAGUCAAAAGUUCAGAAAGAAAAGUUACCUCGAUAGACUGAUGCUCGCAAACAGGCCGCCAUUCUCUGCAGUGAACAGCCUCAUAAAUUCCCCUUCACAAGGGGCUUUUUCAUCAUUAGGAGACCCAAGUCCUCAGGAAAAUCCUUUUCUGGAAGGAUUUGCUCCUUCAGAACGUUUUACAGAAAACACUAAUGUAAAAGACACAACUGCAAGAAAUGCCUUUGAAGAAAACAUUUCUAUGGAAAACACUACUAUGCCAGAAGGCACCAUCUCUGAAAACACAACCUACAAUCCUCCUCCUGAGGCAGAUUCCGCUGGGACUGCGUUCAACUUAGGGCCAGCUGUUAAACGAACUAAUCAGACACAAUGGGAAUACAACAACAUGGGCACUGACCUGUCCUCCAAGCCCAAAAGCUUCAAUUACCCUUUGCUCUCGUCUGCAGGUGAUCAGUUUGAAAAUCAGCUAACCGAGCAGCUACGUUCCCUCAUCCCCAACAACAAUGUGAGAAAACUCAUUUCUCAUGUUAUCCGGACCUUGAAGACAGACUGCUCUGACACCCGUGUGCAAGUGACCUGUGCCAAGCUCAUCUCCAGGACAGGCCUCCUGAUGAAGCUUCUCAGUGAGCAGCAGGAAGUAAAGGCGUCCAAGGCUGAAUGGGAUACGGAACAAUGGAAAACUGAGAACUAUAUCAAUGAGAGCACGGAAGCCCAGAGUGAACAGAAAGAGCAGAGGUUGAGUGAGCUCACAAAAGAAGUUCCAGGAUAUGGCUAUAACAACAAACUCAUCUUGGCAUUAUUUGUGACCGAAAUACUCACGACUUUGAUUAUAAUUUUCUGCCUCAUUCAGAUUUAUUCUCACCGAAGGUCAUCACAAGAAGAUGAAGAAGGAGUCUCAAGGGGCAUUUUCAGAUUUCUGCCAUGUAGGAGAUGCUGUUCGCCAAGUGAGACUCAGGAUGGAGCUUUCUCAUUCAGACAGCCGCUGUGGCUUAAAGAUAUGUACAAACCUCUCAGUGCCACAAGAGUAAAUAACCAGGCAGAGAAGCUGCACAAGAAGUCAUCUAAUGAGGAGGAGAUCCUCAGCAGGGAACCUGGGGACAGCGAAGCCCCAACAGAGAUGGGGGAGGAGAGUGAAGCCCAGUCAUAGGAGGAGAAAGAGUGACCCCAGCCCGCCUCAGGCCUCCUGCAAAAAUACAUAGCAUAAACAACAAGGGCCAUCAGAAAGAAAAGCAGGACUGAAGCCAGCGGUCCACGCAUCCACAGAGGCAGCGGGCAGAGGAAGCACAGCGCCGUCGUUCCCUCCCUUGUUUCCCAGUCUUAUUAGUCACCCAGACCUGAAAACAUAUCCUCAGGGGUGGAGAUUUUACAAUUAAAUACUGUUGUUCUCUUGUU